AUGUCUUACAGAUCCACUCGCUCCUCCGAGCAACAAAGUGUAUCCUUUGAGGAGGCCAUCAUUACUGGCUUAGCAACUGAUGGAGGUCUUUUUAUCCCUGCUGAGAUUCCAAAACUUGAUGAUUCGUUUUUGAAAGAAUGGUCGCAACUCUCUUUCCAAGAACUCGCGUUCAAAAUCAUGAGACUGUAUAUCAAGGAAUCCGAGAUUUCAGAUGAUGAGCUCAAGAGCCUGAUUAUCAAAUCGUACUCAACCUUUAGAUCUAAGGAUGUGACGCCUUUGGUUCCUAUUGACUCCAACAAAAACCUCUAUCUUUUGGAGCUAUUUCAUGGACCGACCUACGCUUUCAAAGACGUUGCCCUCCAAUUCGUUGGUAACCUGUUCGAGUUUUUCCUUACUAGGAAAAACGCUGCAAAGAAAGAAGGCGAACCAAGAGACAUAAUUACCGUUGUCGGUGCUACUUCGGGUGACACUGGAUCUGCCGCUAUUUACGGUCUCAGAAACAAGAAAGACGUUUCUGUGUUUAUCCUGUACCCAACUGGAAGGGUGUCCCCAUUGCAGGAGCGCCAGAUGACCACCGUUUUGGACGACAACAUCCACACUCUCUCAGUGAAUGGUACUUUCGACGACUGUCAAGACCUCGUGAAGAAGGUUUUUGGUGACAAAGAGUUCAAUGACAAGUACCAUGUGGGAGCAGUGAACUCUAUCAACUGGGCUAGAAUAUUAGCUCAGAUGACUUAUUACUUCUACGCAUAUUUCCAGCUUCUCAAACAACUUCCAGAAUCAGAAAGAUCGAGUUUCAAGGUGAAGUUUAUAGUUCCAAGUGGAAAUUUUGGUGACAUUCUUGCCGGAUUUUAUGCUAAGGAGAUGGGCCUUCCAGUUGAGGAGCUAGUUGUUGCCACCAAUGAAAAUGACAUUUUGGAUAGAUUCCUGCACAGUGGGAAGUACGACAAGGCUCAGGUCAAAGAGACCUACUCUCCUGCCAUGGACAUUUGUGUGUCAUCCAACUUUGAGAGAUUCCUGUGGUAUAUGAUUAAAAGAACUAGCGGCUCAAACGACAACUUGAGAACAGGCGAAAUUCUUUCCCAAUAUAUGAGGGACUUGGCAUCAAAUGGUGUUUUCGAGGUUUCCCCAGAGACCCUGAAGUUGGCUCAGGGUAGCUUGGAUUCCUCCAGAGUGUCCAAUGAAGACACCGUGAAGACCAUCAGGGAAAUAUACACAAAGACCUCCAAUCAUUACAUCCUUGAUCCUCACACAGCUGUUGGAGUGGCUACUGCACUUAGAAAGAUUGCCAGUGAUGGCAACGAUCUGAAUCUGAAAUACAUCUCGCUCUCUACCGCACACCCAGCCAAGUUCUCUGAGGUUGUGAACCAGGCUUUGAGUGAGUUCGAGGGUUAUUCAUUCGAGAAAGACGUGCUUCCAGAUGAAUUGAAAAAGCUGUCCUCCAUGCAGACCAAGAUCAAACUGGUUGAGCAAGUUGAUCUGAAGGUUGUUGAAUCUCUCAUUGUCAGCGAGCUCGAAAAGGAGGGCAAAAAGUAG